CAGCCCGCGGUCUUUUUAAUUCGUGCGUUACAUUCAAUCAACUAGAAACGUGUUUUUCAUCUUUACAUUUAAGUAUAAGGAGUAAAUGCAGCAUCAUACUAUGCCGUCGUUAAGGUGUUUUUAGGAUUUUUCGAUUGUUCACUGCAGGAUUAACGACCUCACAGUUUAAAGCCUUGGAAAGAACGAUGAUUAAUUUUUUGAAAUCCCUUUUACUCAUUUAAAGCCUCUUGCCACAAAAUGUGCUGGAAUUUACGUGACAAAAUGAGUUACUUGAAAGUUCGUGUGAAUGAAUAUCAAGUGUACAGCUGAUUAUUUUCUGCCGUCUCUUGUAAUAUCCACUUUGCGCCCAAUCGCAGUCAACUAACGUAAAGUAGUUUCACCAGAAAACGAAUGUCGUGGUUCCGAAUACAGUUGCUUAAAACUCCUAAAUACGUUUGUCAACGACUUCUAAACACUCAUGCUAAGUUGAGUCCACUGGCUGAUGCUUUCAACUACUGCCACUUAAAUGCAGAGAACGAACUGUUAAACAAAACUACAGGACUUUUUACUCAACCGAGUUUAAUAUCUCCACAUGGUUUUCAAAGUCUUGUCAGCUCCACUAUGAAAGAGUGCCACAUUCUGUUAAAUGAAGCUAUUUCUGAAACCAGGGUUAGGAAGAUGGUUCAGGUUGGUUUGAUUAGAACAUUUCUAAUGUUCAUUAUUCCUUUCGUUUUUGUAACUAUUUUCCAUUGCGGUUUGUUUUUAUAAAGUGCCAUAAAUCUAUGACAAUACGGUUUGUUGAAGCGUCAACCAGUUCACCAACCAGAAAUGAAACAAAGCUCCUAUAGAUUUGUGCGUAGUUCUUAAGGUUUCAUAAGACAACAGAUUAUCUUUACCACAGCAACUGAUAAUUUUUACGUAUGGAUUACUUAAAAACCAUGAAAUCAUGUGCGUACCGCUUCUUGCUGCAUAAUCCUUAUGGUUCGGAGAUGCUUUCUGGUGAGUCGAGUGAAAUAUUAAUUUUUCACCUCUGUCGUUCAUAAUGGGAUAAUCGUGUCCUUAUCUACUUUACGCUUUAGAGACUCGGAGCCCAUCAUAUAUUUUAAAAUACAAUAAUUGGAAGGGGGUGAAUUGUAUUUCAUCAGCUGAAUAUGACAAUGUGAGUAACCCAAUUAUAUUGGUUUCUCUAAAGUUACUGUAAGACCCACUGCCUCAUCAACUGAAAGCUUUGGGAAAGCGAACAAAAUAUUGAACAUAAGAUUCAUGAAACUCUCUUAAGUGGGAUUUAUUCAUAAAUAGAUGGAGACUUUGUAGUGCCGAAAAUGAACAGUCUCAUUACCAAAAUCUUAAAUUGCAUUUUUAAAUGAUUCAGCUGAAGUCCAGAGUCGUUUUAUAAUAAUAUUUCUUUGCAGGCUGUUAUUAAUCGGAAUAGAAUAAAUUGUUAGUUUGAGGAUAUGCAUUCACACAAAAACGAUACAUCACAGAAUUAGUGAAUUCAAAAAAAAUUUUGAAGCACCAAUGUAAUUGUAGAAGUAGUACUGAGACCCAUAUAGUAUCACGUGUUCACUUUCACAUAGUUUGCCCAAGGUAAGCAGUGUUGAUCUUCUUAUCAAACCGAUACUAUUGUUAAUCAGUUUACUGUUUUAUGGAUUAUUUACUCUUCAGUGUAGCACUUAAAACUAGUUAGUGCUAAACUGUUUCCAUAUCGGAAAAUCGUCUAAUUUCUCGAAGUUUUCAUAAUAAUGCCAAAGAUCCCAUCAAUAGGGCCAUGUAGACGAUGUUAGCAUCCCGACUUUCACACUUUACCAAAAGAAGAGUACAAUUGAUUUUAAUAGUAGGUACCAAAGGUGUUCGGUUUCUUAUAUGAAUUGCUACCAUGUUCAAUAGCUUUUAAGACUCGGGUGAUUUAGGCUGUUAGUCACACUGAAUAUCUUUUGGUGAAUUCUCUUUCAUUUGAGUUAAAAUUUCAAAGCUUUAAAACUUAUUACCCUCACUACCUCAUAAUUUACUAUGAUUUAUCAUCCAGCUUUCAGUAUUUCACAGUUUCUCGAAAUUCCCUUCAGAUAUUGGACGACAUUUCAGACAGUCUUUGUCGAGUUGCUGAUUUGUCCGAUUGUAUGCGAAUGCUUCACCCUGGUGAAGCGUAUCGUUAUUCUGCUCAAAAAGCAUGUCAAUCAAUAGGUCAACUGGUUGAAGAGUUAAAUACUAACUCCGAGCUAUAUAAUGCCUCUAUACGAGCAUGUAGAUCACCUCCUAUAAAUAAAUUAAGUCCAGAUCUACACAUGGAUAAUGUCGAUAAACGUGUGCUUGACUUAUUUGUUGCUGAUUUCGAGCUCUCCGGUGUUCAAUUACAAGAUCCCAGUCGUCAUCAACAAUUUGUCCGUGCUGCUUCACUUGCUUUAAACUAUGGAGCUGAAUUCAUUGAGGCGUGUCAUAGUCCAGUAUCAUUUCCAUCGAAAUUUAUACCAAACAGACAGUCUAAUUCAAUUGAACUUAUACAUCCACUUACUGAUCAUCCUGAUUCUGCCGUGCGUUUGGCCACUUAUCAGGCUUAUUAUGCACCGAUAGAAGGUCAAGAGAAACGCUUAGAACAGCUUUUGAGUGCAAGACAUGAAAUGGCACAAGCCGCUGGUUUUAAAAAUUAUGCUAAACGUUCUACACUGCAUAGUUUGGCUGAAACACCUGAAAAUAUUGAAGAAUUUCUUCAGCAUGUUUGCCAGAAACUUCAUCCAAUUGCUACAGAAGUAGUUAGGGAACAGUUUUUGCCAAUUGUUAAGAGCUGUUAUCAAAAAAUGACUGACAAUAAACAAAAUCAGUAUGAUACUAAUGUGAUUCGGCCUAGUGAUUUACCUUAUGUCUUGGGUGCUAAACGUAAUGCCAUAUACAGUAAUCACUUAGCUGACUACUUUUCGUUGGGUGCGUGUAUGGAAGGUGUGAGUCAAUUAGCAAAUUGUCUAUUUGGUUUACGCCUAGAGGUUGUACCAGUUGAAUCUGGUGAAACAUGGCAUCCGUCUGUUGUCAAAGUUAAUAUCUAUUCAUCAAAUGAGAAGCAUUCAACAGAGCUUAUCGGAACAGUGUAUUGUGAUUUACUCGAUCGUCCUGGUAAACCGGCACAAGAUUGUCAUUAUACAAUACGCGGUGGUCGGUGUGUGUUUAAUGAUUCAAAUACUCCGUCGUAUCAAUCCCCAAUUAUAACACUCCAAUUGACGAUAUCUCCAUCACAGUCAAAAUCUGUGCCACCAUUACUCAGUUUAGGACAGGUGGAAAAUUUAUUUCAUGAAUGGGGUCAUGCCUUGCAUUCAAUGCUGGCGCGUACACGAUAUCAACAUGUUACGGGAACACGGUGCAGCACUGAUUUAGCUGAAAUCCCAUCAACACUAUUUGAGCAUUUUGCAUUAGACUCACGUGUAACACUGGAAUAUGCUAGACAUUGGAGAACAGGACGUAGACCGGAUCCUACUGAAAUGAAAAUAUUAGAACAAUUAUUUAUUGCUCGUGGACUUGGUCAAAGUGUAGAAGUCAGUCAACAGGCUACUUAUGCUAUUCUGGAUCAGAGUUUACAUUCAGGUCCACCUGAAGAUAUUCUACUACCAUGUGCAAGAUUAACUCAAGAUUCAAUGGAUGGUUUAUGGCCUGCAUCUACUCAACUACUUUCAGAUAUUCAAUGCAAAGUUGGCUUAUCCGAUUGGUUGAAUUGUUCACCGGGACAUAUAUGCGCAUGGCCUCAUCGUUUUACUCAUUUAGUCAAUUAUGGUGGACGUUAUUAUGCUUAUUUAAUGGCAAGAGCUGGAGCUGAUUUAAUCUGGAGACGUUAUUUUUCUAAAGAUCCCUGGAAUUCUUCCAGUGGACAGGUUUAUGUUGAAAAAUUACUAUCUCGUGGAGGUGAAUAUCCUGCAGCUAAUAUGCUCUCCGAUUUACUUGCACUGAACCAAUCUGAUUCCAGUCGACAUCACAGUGACGUCAAUAGUGCUACUACUAAUACUAAUGAUAAUAAUCAUCUUGUCUUAUCGCCUGUCAAAUUAGCUGAAGGUCUAACAGAUCAAAUAGAAGAAAUUGAGACAACUUCAGCCUCUGUACUGAAUCGUAUUCAAUCGCCCAGUUUAUUUAGACCAGAGAUAUACAGUUGAUCAGAAGUUAGAAACCGUCAACUAGUCUGUUGGUUUUUGUAAAUAGUCGUCAACUAAAUUAUUUUUUAUAUGAUCGGUUAUACGUAUACAGACAAACGUAAUAAUCUUAGCAUGUUCACUUCUACAAUGAACUGAAAUAAAAGUAGAAACUGAUUGAUUAUUGAGUGUUCUAUACAACUUCAGCCUUAACCUAAUUUCUUUAUAUACACACGAUUGCCGAUACACUACUUCAAAAUGAUAUUUAGGUUCAAAUACUACUAACUUCAAUGAAUGUUGUUGAAAGUCUUGAUUCCCUGAAAUUCUCGGAUGAGUAGCACUUGCCUGAAAAGUGACGUGUUUAUGCUAUAACAGUAAAGUAAGAACUAAGUUGAUGAUAAGGAAUGUAGCUACGCUAAAAUGUUUCCGUCAAAUAAACAUCUUUACUGGCCUCAUCAUUUGCCUAGGUGGUCCGUGACCGACAGUAAGAUUUCUCAAUGAAUGGAGGAACUCUAAAGAUUCAAUUCAAUGUCUAAAAUUCUGUGUAUGAUCAACCUUAAAAAAGGUUUUCUUUGGGUUCUCUAAUCAUUCAACACUAAUUAUCCUG